CUCCCUCCCUCCCUCCCUCCCUCUCUCUGUCUCUCAGCAUGGUAGGUCUGUAGUGUUUUCUGGCCUGAGCAGCUAAGCAGCUGCCGUAUCAAUACAAGAUUGGUGGGUGGGAAAAGAGGAUGAACGGAGGAUAAAAUAAACCCUCAGGAGAUUGAAAACCCUAUAGCGACAAAAGGGUGGACAUCCAGAGGAGCUCUCUCUCUCUCUCUCUCUCUCUUUCUCUCUCUCUCCAUCCCUGGCAGCGGCGUUUCCCUUCUGAGUGGUGGAAUGUAGCGGAGGGAUGACUGCAGGGUGUGUAUUCUGCUGCAAGGAGAGGCAGUGGAUGGACAGCAGGGCGUGAGCGGGUGCAUGGACAGACAAAAGGAGGGACCCACAGGGACUCUGACUCUUGAGAACUGGGACUGGAGCCGGCUCAGGAGGAUGUAAACCACCUCGCACCUCCAAGGCUACUCCCAACCCAGGACCUUCUGUCCCUCCCAGAUGCACAGGCGGCUGGUGAUUUGGGGGACGCAGGUCUUGUCUCCGUGGUGACGAGCUGAGUCAGCUGAUGUGGAGGGGACAAGACUGGAUCUGUGAGCUGGAAGACACGACAAAGCAACAGCACAAAUAACAGUAAUAAUAAUAACAAUAAUUAAAAAAAAAUAAUAAUAAAAAAAUGUUAAUAAUAAAUUUUAAAUGUAAAAUCUUCUUUAAAAUAAAAGCAAGGGCUGUCUGAAUCCACUGCGCUCUGUAACGGCUCUGGCCUGGAUGCUAUACACGAGCGGAUUUACAGUGACUCCAGGAUCCCUCUUCCUGCUCCUCUUUCGACGGUUUCUCAUUCAGCGUGUCCUUGGAUUUACCGAUCCUGCACUUCCUUGCACCUAGCCCUCUGGGUGUGCUUGCGUGCGUGUGCGUUUCUGUUUUCAUGUGCCUUUGUGUGUGUAUAUCUGUGUGUGAGCUGUUCUGUGUGUGUGUGUGUGUGUGAACAGGUUUGAGUGUGUGUGUUUUUAUGUACAUUUGAGCCCUUUUGCUUAUGUGUGAGAUUGCAUGAGCACAUCAGUGAGUGUGUUUUUUUUGUGUGAGAGAGACAUGCUCAGUGUUGCCAUUCUGCCCUGUGUAAUUAGUGCCCAGCUGGUGCCCAGUUUUGGGGUUGACCAGUGGUAAGGCGGCAAGAUGAGCGAGAUCUCUGGAGUGGCCAUUACUGGGACAAUGGUUCUGGAGGAACCAGAAGGGGGCGGGACCUCAGUGGGUGGGGAACAGGCCUCCGCCCCAGAGCCAGGGAACCUGCAUUGUGGAUCAGCCCUGUGGCCCCGCCCACAGACCUGGCUGUGUGUGGUCCCCCUUUCCAUUGGCUUCGUAGGCUUGGGGCUCAGCCUGAUGCUGCUGAAGUGGAUCGUGGUGGGGUCGGUGCAGGAUUACGUGCCAACAGACCUGGUGGAUGCCAAGGGGAUCGGGCAGGACCCCAUAUUUCUUUCCAAGCCCAGCACUAUCCCCAAAAACCCCCACACCACCACCUCCAGCGGCAGCCCCACAGUGAGGGUCCAAUCUCGGCCCGGUACUCAUCCCAGUGCAGUGCCAAACCUCGUACCGAGCCAUCGGACACCGCACCUCCACAACCGAAUCAGCACCCGCCUCACGACUACCACCACCACCUGUUCGCCCCACUCGCAGCCGCCGGCUGGCCAAGAUGUCACCCCCCGCAGCACCACGGUGCGCCGCACCGGCCCUGGCAACGGCCGCAACAGCACCCCCUCCUCCACCAGAGUGGCUCCACCCAGCUCCUCCCCCUCACCCUCCAACCACCCCUUCCUCCACGGCACCACCCGCACUUGGAACCGCGAUCGCUCCUCCAAAGGGCCGUCAGUCACGCCUACUCAACCGCACCUGCAUGUCAAGACAGUGGCUCCUACCUCUCCAUCCUUGCAUUCUGAACACUUCAAACCCUGCAAAGACAAAGACCUGGCAUACUGCUUGAAUGAUGGGGAGUGUUUCGUCAUCCAGACUAUGACGGGCUCAAACAAACACUGCAGGUGUAAAGAAGGAUAUCAAGGCAUUCGCUGCAAUCACUUUCUUCCAAAGACAGACUCCAUUUUGUCAGACCCCGCGGAACACCUGGGCAUUGAGUUUAUGGAAAGUAAAGAAGUGUACAAGAGACAGGUCCUCUCCAUCUCUUGCAUUGCCAUUGGAAUCAGUCUGCUUGGAACACUCUGUAUGGCGUUCUACUGCCAGAAUAUGAGGCGAAGGGAAAAGCUACAGACCCAUCUGAAGGUGAGCUGCAGCCUCAAGACCCCAAAUCACGACAAAGAUCCUGGGUCCUCCCCUCCACGUGGGGGUGCUGUCUGUGGCUCAGGCUUCCCGCAGAAUUGCCCCGCUCCUCCCACUUACCCAAAAGCCCUACCUACCAAGAAACAAAGCAGGAGCAGCUCCUUAUCUAAUAGAUCUGGCCAGAGAAACAGAGUAACCCAUCAUCAAACUGCAUCUCGAAGAACCCCACCCAUCUCUAGAGGACGGCUGAAUCCAAUUGGAGGAUUCAGAGAUUCUAGCCAUGCCUACCAACACUUGCAGGAGGUGGAGGACUCAGAGAAGGAAGUGCCAUCUUUGACAGUACAUAACUACAGAAAAGCUGAAAGUGAUAAUGUCCAGGAUGGGAAUUUUGAUGUGCAGCAAGGAGGUAGGGGGUUGGACAGGUGGGCGGACAUGGGGGUGCAAUUCAACCAUCUGGAACGGGCCACCCUUCUCCACCAGGCACCCCCACUUUCUCUCCGCACCUGCUCUGUUCCAAUCAUCCCCUCUUUCCAGGGGCAAGACGUCAUUUCCUAUAUUCAAGAGAAUAGCCUAGGAGAAGAGGGUAAGACCAACCCCCGAGGGACAUGCCCACCAGCUGCCCCCAGUGUGACAGGCUCUGGAGGCCAGGCGGAGGGGCCAGGAGAAGCCCUGCCCCAAGCUAACAGGAAGCAGGAGGACAAGACUGACAGCUUCCUGACACCUGCUAGGGGCAGAGCUGAGGGGCCCAAAAUGAACUUUCCAGAAGUGGAUUAGAGGAUUGUUCUGGUCCUGUAGAACACUGCAGAGACUGCUCCCAGCCUUAUCAGUGAAAAAAAAAGUUAUUACACAGCACACACAGAAGGGACAAGACAACAAACUGUGAAAACAAACAUUUAAAAACAGUGAAAUAAAUAAAGACACAAAAACAAAUAAUAUAGGUGGAAAUAUUAGGUGGAAAAACUCGCAGAUUAAAAGGACGGUGUUCAGUUCAAAAACAUAUUUACAAGAGGGAUAAAGUAUUUAUAUGCAUUUAUUGAAAUGGGAAGCUUCAAACAUAGAAGGAAAACCAAAUAGUCUGUGAUUUCUAUGGUGUUUUUAAUUGUAAAAAUAUAUAUAAAAUAACAAGGUAAAAUAAACAUGAGGAAUAUGAGAGUGAUUGAGGUUUUCAUCAGUAAUGCACAGAAACAUGCUCACAUCCAUGUGAAUGUACAGACACACAGACACAGCACUGUGCUACAGACACACUUACACCCAGCUCCAUACAGCAGUCAGUAAUGCAUCCACACACACACACGCAAAUCUGUACAGUGAAACAUACACACACACACAUGUACCUGUAUCCAGUCAUACACAGCUCUGUAUACCGUCUCUCUCUCACUCUCUCUCUCUCUCUCUCUCUCUCUCACACACACACACACACACACAAACCGAUCUGUACACAGUCACACUCCCUGACAUACACACUGAUAUCCAGAUAGGAUAUCAGGGACAUCCAUGAAAUUCAGGAAUGCAUUAUAUAAAGAGCAUAAGCCCGCAAACACAUAUGGCCUGGCACACAUUCAGAACUUCAUCCACUGCAGGUGAUUAACACAUGCAUGUCUUCAUCCAAGAAAGGUGGGAAACAAACACGACUGCAUUGUCUUUAUGAAUUUUUUGCAUAACAAUGAUCUAUGUGAAGACUGCAGUUGUCAAAACUGAUGUCUUGAAAUUGCAUUGUAUUAUUCAGUCUUUUAAGUGGCUUCGGUGUGAAUCCUACUCGUCACCACAAAACUGCAAUGCUUUAGUGUUACACAGUUGGUGCAGAAGACACUUUGGUGCCACACCCUUUCUUUUUGGUUAAUGCUUGUCAGACUAUAGGAGUAGCUGAGCUAAGCAAAUAACUGUUGCUUAUUGUUAAAUUGUGGUUUGGGCUCUGGCAUUCUGUCCCAGGAGCAUGGGGGUGUGGCCUGGGCAUGGUCUGACCUAUCACAGCUGAGGAUUACAAGACUCAGCAGAAGUGACAUCCACUGACUCUCUCCCUCCUAGGAUUGUGUGGAAUGCAUUAAUAAUUGUCAGUUUCAGUAACCUGCCAAUGAGACUGACAGGCAAACCAACAGGGAAAAUUGCACAUUUGCCCUAGACUCUGAAAACAGCUCUGUGUAGUUCCCAAAGGAUCACAAAUACUGUAUUUCCAUGAGACAAAGCUUAAAGAGAGUCUGCUUCUCCUCAAAUGAGCAUUUUAAUGUUUUACCUCCACAUUACAGAAGCCCCAAGAGACUGAAGACUGAGUAGAUGGGUUUUUAUAAACAACUUUAAAAAUAUUUACAUCUGCAAUGAACACUGCGGUAACUCAUCUCAGUACUGCAAUUACUAACCUCCACAAUGUGCUAAUUAAUUCCCAAGCUGCUGCAACGAACCUAUAACCUACUCAAGCAAAGCCUUUCAUUUUAUCAUAUUCAGUUUGCACAUGACCUGAUUGCAAGUUGACUUCUGUCCAGGGGCAAACACUACCUAACAAUUUGCAUAGUAGUAUGCAUGAAAAGUUUUUAUCCAAUCAGCUGGCAGACAGCCAUGAAACAAGAGAUCACCACCAGCCUGCUGACUGCACCAUUAGUCUGGCUGCACCAGAAGCAGGUCUCACCAGCUGUAUCAGCAGCAUUGUGGCAGUAAUACACUGUAAGUGCACAUUGCUUAGGCAUGCCAUUAAGAAUCACUGAUCCCUUCACUCUACAUGGAAAUUAUUGCAUUGCACAUACAGCUGUGUGCCCUCACUGUUAACGGUCCCCGACACCUUAAAAUCUCCAGUCGAAACAAUUUCCCUUUCAUUGGAGUUCCAUUAUCACAGUGACGUUACCUUGAGUGGACUGAAAUCGCUUUUUGUUUUAGGAGCUCUGAGGUUUUUUCCCCCCUUUUCCCUCAGAAUCAAACCUUACCUGACUUAUAAAGCAUUUCUUUCCGUGCCCCUGAACACCAUGCCACCGGCUCACUUUUCCUCUGACAUAUAUUUUCACUUUGACUGUGAGGUCACAGCAUUCUGAUUGGCUGAUAUAACGGAGCCAACGAUACUGAGUGAAUGUGAGUAAACAGCACUUUCAUACACAACAGAAUUGGCAACAUGCAGCAUUAUAUAAUACUUAAUGGUAGUGAGAGUAGUGACAUUUAAAAAAGCUAAGCACGGAAAUAUUGUAUUUAUUUUUACUCAGGCUUUUUUCGAUAGACCUUUGUGUUUGGUUUCUUUGCCGGAAACUUGGCACAGUGGUAGAGGGGCACUCCAAGUAGCUUCAUGUAUAUGUUGUGUGAUGCUUGAGGGUUACCGCAAUAAUAGAAAUGUAAUAAUAAUAAUAAUAAUAAUGUUUACUUGUAGAGUGAUUUUCACAUUGUGCACAGAGCACUUUACAUCAUAAAAGGACAGUUAAAAUACAACCAAUAAAAACUUGUAUAAAUGUAAAAAUAAAGUAACACAGGUUUAAAAAAUAA